AUGAUUACUGUAUUUUCGCAACGGCACGUGCGGAUGUUGACUUCUUGUUUUGGAGGGGUUGAAGGUUCAUCAGUUUCUUAUCUAUCAAAAUAUCAUAUGUAUAUUCGGUACAUUAUCCGAGCAAUUUUGCGUCUAUUACAUUACGGAGUACGGAGGCAUAUUUCGGAUGUUUUUCGGAUAUCACUGGUUACCUACAUGCGAUAG